AUUUUACACACAACAAUUAGCAACAAUGUCGAGUGGUUGCCCCACGUCCUACACAUGCUCAGAUGAAGGGCUACUUUUACCCAUUGUGAGUGAGGCCACAUGGCCCAUUGGUGCCCGGGCCACUGUAUACUUAGUGGGACUACUAUGGAGCUUUAUGGCGAUUUCUAUCAUAGCAGACAUUUUUAUGGCAGCCAUUGCAACGAUUACAAGCUUUACACAGGAAGUGAAAGUUCCAGACGAUAGUGAAACUGGUUACAAAACGGUAGAAGUGAAGCGAUGGAAUGGAACUGUUGCCAAUCUUACUCUUAUGGCCCUCGGCUCUAGCGCUCCGGAAAUUCUACUUUCGAUGAUAGAAAUUGUUUUUAAUGAUUUUAAAGCUGGAGAGUUAGGGCCAAGUACUGUCGUGGGGUCAGCAGCAUUUAACCUCAUGGUCAUCUGUGGAGUGUGUGUCUUUGCGAUCCCCGCAAAUGAAACGAGGCGGAUCAAAAAAUUAAAGGUGUUUGCCAUCACCGCUGUGUUCUCUGUGUUGGCGUACAUCUGGCUCAUAAUAAUUCUAAUGGUGAAUACCCCGGACUUUGUGGACCUGUGGGAGGCCAUUGUUACGCUCUUUCUUUUCCCUAUUUUAGUCAUUCUGGCUUACAUUCUAGACAAAGAUUACUUUGGUUCUGCUACAGUAGACGACGAAGCAGGAUUAGAAGUUGACAACCUUUUAUCACAAGACCAUGCUGAUAAACAAGUUAUUGUUGAAAUGCUGCGGAGACUAAAAUCCAACCCGGAUGCGGACGAGAAAGAAAUUGCUCGUCUGACGGCCCACUUAAUGGAACAAAAUCAGCCCCACAACAGAGCGUGGUACAGAAUCAAUGCCAUUAGGACGAUGACGGGGGGAGCGCCCUUAACUACGAAACUUACAGACAAAUCCAGCGAGUUGUUGGAGACUUUGUUGAUCGCGGAAGAGGCUGGAGGGGACCCAGACUUUGUCCAUCUCAGCGAGGGAGGCAAGAAGGCUAUUGUCGAGUUCGAAUCCCCGAGCACCGCCGUCCUCGAGAAAGAAGGACGAGUAAGGCUCAACAUUAUUCGACAUGGCAACCUCCACCGAAGAGUUAUCUUCAGACUGGAAACGGUUGACGGGACAGCGGAAGCGACGUCAGACUACAAACCAGUCAAAAAGACAAUGGUUUUUGAACCAAAUGAGACCCUGUUGUACAUCGAUAUCGAGAUAAUCGACGAUAAUGUUUGGGAACCAGAUGAGGUGUUCUUUGUCCGUUUAACGAUAGAACCGGAACAGGAAGCGGUGUUAGGAAAACAUCCGGUCACACAAGUCACUAUCCUCAACGAUGAUGUACCCGGUACCAUACAGUUCGCCAAUCCUAGUUUCUUGUUCAAAGAGAGCGUUGGGACAGCACAGAUUAAAGUCGACCGAUCAAAUGGAUGUGAUGGAAGAAUUGUCGCCAAAUGGAAGACAAAAGAUAUCACCGCUGUGGGUGGGCGCGAUUACGAAAACACAUCCGGUGAAAUUGUUUUUGAACACGGAGAAUUGACGAAAAUGAUUGAGAUCAACAUAAAAGACGAUUUGGAAUUUGAAAAAGAUGAAAAUUUCGAAGUAGAUCUCGUUGAAGUCGACGGAGGUGCCAAAAUCGGAAAACUGAAACGUUGUGUUGUUACCAUUGUUAAUGAUGACGAGUUUGCCGGAUUCGUGGACAGGCUAGCAGAUCUGACAAACGCCAAUCUGGAUUCCAUGAGAGUUGGCAAACAGUCAUGGGCAGAUCAGAUUCAAGAAGCCUUAAAUGUAAAUGGAGGAGAUUUAGAAACUGCAACUGCAUUCUCAUACGUUCUUCAUUUUAUGACUUUUGGAUUUAAGAGUAUUUUUGCACUUGUUCCGCCACCUACAAUAUGGGGCGGAUGGCUCUGUUUCUUCGUCUCUCUUGGCUGUAUUGGUCUCUUAACUGCAAUAGUUGCCGAUCUGGCGAACAUUUUUGGCUGCCUUAUCGGAUUAGAGUCAGAAGUAACAGCUAUAACAUUUGUUGCUCUGGGAACCAGUUUACCCGAUCUCUUUGCUAGUAAAACAGCGGCUACCAUGGAGAAACAUGCGGAUUCUGCUAUUGGUAAUGUGACCGGAAGUAACUCGGUGAACGUAUUUUUAGGUUUGGGAUUGGCCUGGGUUGUUGCUUCAGCUUAUUGGACUGCCAAGGGCGUGUCGUUCGAGGUCCCAGCAGGCAGCCUCGGUUUCAGUGUUGUGGUGUUUGCCGUUCUGGCUGUGGUGACUCUAGUUCUAAUUGUCAUCAGGAGAUACGUGGGAGUGUUUGGCAAUGCCGAAUUAGGAGGACCUAAAAUUCCAAAAAUUAUUUCUGGGGGCACUAUGAUCUUUUUUUGGCUUAUAUAUGUUCUUCUUGCAUCAUUACAAACUUAUGAGUAUAUUGAAGGAUUUUAGGAUAUUUUUGUAUAAAAUGGCGUCUGUUAUACAGGUAUAUUAUUGUAUUUUUAUUACUAGGCUGUACUUAUUGAAUACUCCAAAUGUCUUAUUUAUAAGAUGACCUUUAUUACGUGAGGAAAUGGUAAACAUAUUUGGUCGUCUUGGCAUCCGAGAAUAUGUUUUUGGGAGGAAGGUUUUCGUUAUGCGAGAUGUGUAAAUGUUUGAGUAGAUUGAUAUAUGCGAUUUUUUUUAACUUCCGGAAACUACAUGUAGAUAUUUGAUAUUAUAGUGCUUAGUUCAACACGUGAUAAACUUCUCUGUGAUAGUGCCUUAAGUAUUCGUACUUUUAUAGAAAUCAUGACUUGUUAGAAGUGUUAUUUGAAACUUAAUUGCACAUUCAUCGUUCUUAGAAU